AUGGAGAUCGACGACAUCUUGGCGGAUUUCGAAAAAGACACGCGCGGGGCCCGCACGGAGUCCUCGGCAGGACUCCGCCAGCAGCUUGUGACGGCCAUGCUCAACGAGCGAAUGGCGCCGGAUCUCUUGCCCUAUAAGCACACGCUCAUGGCCCGCAUUCUCCGGGGAAUUCUGGACCAGCAGCAGUUUUUGCUCGACUCGUACGAGUACGGCGACUCGAACGCCGAGGCGGGCGUCAUCAGUCUGGAUUUCAAGCUCCAGCUCAUGAUCGUGGAAACCGACAUCGAGCGCUUGAGCUAUCUCGUCAGACUAUACAUCCGCACCCGGCUCGCGAAGAUCGACGAGUUCACCAUCUAUUAUAUCAACAAGACCGCAGAGGAACUGCCUGGCGAGCCCUUGUUGUCCGAGCCCGAGCAAAGUUACAUGCACGGCCACUUCAAGAUCUUGAACCAGCUCUAUAACAACAGCUUUUUGAAGAAGUUCCCCAGCUUCUUGACCUUGUUGGACGACACCACAGGCGGGGAAAACAUGAUCACCACCCCCGACCUCGACCGGCCCGUAUUCAUCCGCGUUGUGUGCGACGACACCAUCGUGCUUCACCUUGGAAACGACGAGUUGGAGCUCGUCAAGGACGGGAUAUACGUCGUGCGUUAUCGCUUGAUCAUGAAGUAUUUGGAGUUGGGUGACGUGGUGUUGAUAUAG